AUGUAGAAUGAGCUCGGCCGAGAUAAACUGAGCGUCGUCAACAAAGGUCGCGUUUCACAUUGUUUGGCUCGCACAUUAUGGAACUAUCGAACAUGGGGGAACGAGUUUUUGCUGCCGAGUGCAUCACGAAAAAGAGGAUACGUCGGGGAAGGACGGAGUACUUCGUCAAAUGGAAAGGCUGGUCGGUAAAACACAAUACUUGGGAGCCUGCUGAAAACAUACUAGAUCUGCGUUUAAUCGAAGCUUUCAAAAAUAGUCAGAGGGACAACCCGCCGACUGGCUUAAAACGGGGACCAAAACCAAAGAAACAGAAAUUGCAGACUGUUACUGAUGACAGCGACGACGACAGUGACACAGAAUCCGAGACAAGUGUGCGACGACGUCGCGACAGAGACUCCAACAUGGACGACGACUCCAGUUGCAGCAGCAUGGAAGUUCUCUCCAACAUCCGUGCUAAGGAAAUGGCCAAAUCGGAAAAAGCCGACAGAACCGAAGACGACAGAAAGGACAAAAGUGACCCCCGAGCCGGACCAUCCACAAGUGGACACACUCUCCCACCCCCAGUCCCGGUUAAGAGAGGACCAGGGAGGCCUCCGAAAUACCCCCGGCCCCCGGGCUGGGUGCCACCGAAAGCAAAACCCAAGCAUAAAUUGAAAGGUCCUCCGGGCAGGCGCAAACCUCAGAUAGUCGUCCCUGGGAAACGAAAAGUUGGACGGCCCCCCUCGGCCAAGCGGUUGAAGCAACAACAGUAUGCUUUAAAACUAGCCGAAGAGGCCAAGCUGAAAGAGAAAGAAAAUGUUUCGGGCGAUGCCGGAUUAAGAAACGGACACUCAGGCAACAGCAAACCUAACGGAGAUGCCAAAAAGAUUUCCGAUCCGUCGAUCUAUAAUUUCUCCGAUGUCAACUCCAAUCUACAGACCCCGGCCGAGUCGUUGAAAGUGAAAGAGAAACCUGUGGAAACGAAAAGCUACUGGAGCCCGCCAUCAAGUAUCAAACCGAUUCUGGAUCAAGUUUGUAUCACGGACGUAUCAUUGCGCGAUUCCAUAACGAUUACUGUGAGAGAGUGCACUUCCGAUUCCGGGUUUUUCCGGAAACGCGAGGACAAUGAAUGAGUGCAUAUUCUCAAAUGGAGUACUAUUAUUAUGCGUUGAAUGUGUGACUUACAAACCUCAUAUCAUGCAGAUGAUCACAGCUGUGACCAUUGCCGCUUUUAUACUUGUGUCGCCGAGUAGAUUUUUGCACCGUCAUGUGACCUUUCGUUGACGUCAUGGAAGGAUGUUUUUAAUUGUUGCCCUGGAUGUGUCACGUGUUUGAUGGCGGUCACAUGAUUGAAUGAAAGAGAUUCAGAACUGGGACAUGUGUCGGCCUUCAUUGUGCAUUAUAAGAAGGGUCGAAGUGAGCUCAGCGAGUGAGGUUAUAGUACGUUCCGUGCCGAUAAAUCUAAUAUUGAUAUCGAUGUGUCAACGUGUCAUAAAUGAUGCAUCUUUUGAUAUUGAUAAUCUAUUACACUGGUGUAGUAGACAGGCGAUACGACACUUUUAAGGAGACAAUGUGAUUUAGUCACCAAUCCUCCAUGCGUUGUAGACUAUCUUAAAGUAUUUAUCAUUGACCCAAAAGUGUUUUAUCAUUAACGCAAGAGCAACGAACAUCAUAUUAAUGAAUGUUCCUUGCUUAACCUCUUAAAUCUAUCAAAUUUAACAUUUGGACUCACAUGGUCAAUAGCAAACUGAAAUGACAAGACGGUAGUGAUAUUGACAAAUGAUCGGUGGCAGUGAGAGCCCGAGUUGUGAAUGACUGAAGUGCAUCACCGUGAAAUGUACAUGUUAUGUACAAGAUAUACAUGUUGUAGUGGGACCAUGCGCGGUGUCUCCUGGAUAAUCACAUCCCAUCUUAGAACAUUUUGUGUAAGUGAAUGCUGCGUAUUUUCCGCUAAUUAAAUUAAAUGCUGUCUUCUU